AUGACAAAUAGUGAAUCAUUGUUUCCUUGUGAUCCUAAACAAACUACAGGGAUUAGAUGGACACAAUCGUAUGUUAGUAUACUCAACAAUGGACAACCGUUUGCCGUCAGUAAUGUAAUCACUGAUCGCAAGUUGAAUAUGCGAUGGAAGAUAUUGAUCAUUCCCUCGUUGGAAGACACUGUUCAAAAGGACCCAAACGUUCCAGCUAAAAGGCUUUACUACAAAGACAAUGACUAUGUAUCUCUAUACCUCAUCUCUGUCGACUCUCAACACGAUCGUACUGUAAAGUGUGACUUUACAUUUGAUCUUGAAGGUGCCGAUAGUUCAAUCCCUACAGCAAAGAGAAUGUCAUCAUUUGAAUUUACAAGUACACAACAAUAUUGUGGAUGGCAAAAGUUUAUGCCAAUCAAACAAUUCCUUCGAGACUAUGUAGAUCAAACUGGUGAAUUCAAGGUGUCGGUAUCUGUAGAUGUUGUGGUUGAAAAGGGUGUAGCCCAGCCUAACCAUAUGGUAUCGAUUAUUGAUAAACUCAACAAAUUGAUUACUACAAAGGACCGAUCUUUUAUUUCACUCAUUCAAUCGUUCUACCUGAUCCCAAGUCUUCGUAGAAGUUACCUCGAACUACCAACUGGAAAAGAGGACAAUCAAACCAUUGCAUUCGAACUACAACGUAUCUUUUAUCAUCUCUCCAAGAAUAGAGUUGCCACCGCAAACAGACUCUCGCAAGCCAUUAAAUAUUAUACCUAUUUCCACAGUAUCAAUCCUCAAGAUUUGGGUAAAAUCAUUAGUGAAACCUUGAGUCAAGCCAUUGAAUCAUCUCCAGAAGAGGGUAAAACAAAAUUAACUUAUUAUUUCUUGGAUGAAAAUGAAAAUUCAGUAAAUGUUAUUAGGGUUGAUUCUAAUCCACAAUCAAAAGAUUUGAUUGAAUAUUUGAAAUUAUAUUCACCUCAAAUUAGAGAAUUGGAUAUCUUCCCUCCUAUUCUUUUUAUUAGUCUUCCCAAAACCAAACAAAAGGAAGGAGCUGGCGCACCUAAAUUAAAUCAAAUAAGAACUGAUGAAAUAUCUUUCCCAGAGGAUUUCUAUAUUGAUCAAAUUUGUCAAGAUUCUGAUGAUUGUGAUGAUAGAUCAAAUGAAAGUCAUUAUGUUCUUUAUAGUGUUUGGGUUCAUGAACAUUCAUUUGAUAAUACCAAGGGAAAUUAUUAUACCUAUACAAGACCAUUAAAUCAACCACAUUGGAUUAAAAUGCAACAUGAUGGUGUUGAAGAGGUUACAUUCAAUAGUCUUUUAUUAACAUCUGCUGGACCAUCUGAUAACAGAUUACCAUUUAAAUUAAAUUCUCAAACUGAAUUAAGAAAUGAUGUUUCUUAUGCUCAUGAUAAAUUCCAACUUACUACAGAUACAUCAGCAUUCCAACACAUGUUUGAUGAUGAACCAACAGAUCCAAAUGAUAUUAUGGAUGCAAAUGUUCCACCACUUGUUGAUGAUGAUAGUAAUGAAGAAAACGAUGACGAUGGGAACAAAAAAAGAAAGAAAAAGCCAGGUACUACUAAUAACAACAAAUCGGGAGGAAAAACAGUCGUUAUCGAUGAAGAUAGAUCACUUGAAAAUCUCUACACUAAUAUGGCACACAAGGUAAAUGAAGCUUUUAAAAAAGAUCAAAAGACAAAGGAAAAGGAACAAAAAGACGUAAAGAAUUCUUCUUCAACUCCUCCUUUAUCUUCUUCAAAACCAGCUGCCUCAACCAAUAAUAAUAACAAUAACACUAACAACAACAAAACUACUACACCAACUACAACUUCACCAACAACCUCAACACCAAGAACAACAACACCAGAAACUAAUAACAAUAACAAUAACAAUCACAAUAAUAAUAAUAACAACAAUCAAAAUAAUCACCAUGAUAAUGUUGAAAUUGAAAAGAAAAUGGCAACUUUGGAAUCAAAGAUUGUAAAGUUGCAAGAAAAAUACAAUCAACAAAUGGAAGAAUACAAAAAGAUGGUCGAAAAUGAAGCCGAAACUAGAAACCUAAACCAAAAGUUAAAAAAGGAUACAGAACAACUUCAAAAGACCAUUGAAAAGCACCAAAAGGCCAUCGACGAACUCAACAAGAGUAAUGAGACUGCUAAAAAGUCACUUGAAGAGUCAAAGAAAAAGUCGGAAAACCAAAAAAAGGAGCUAGAGAUUAUGAGAAAGUCGGCCGAACAACACAACAGAAACAUGGAAUCGUUGAAAAAGGAAAACGCUACCACCAAGAAACAAAAGGAACAACUUCAAAAAGAUUUGGAUAUGGUCAAAAAGAAGGGUGGUGUAGACGAACUCAAAGAAGAGAUGCUCACUCUACGAAAAACACUCGAAGACAAGGAAGCACUCUUGAGGAAGUACACCUGCGACAAGGAUCUCUUGGGAUCACUCAACCUCACCGAAUUGUUUGAAAUCAAUAAUUUGGUCACCACAUCGUUGCAAAAGAUUGGAGAUGUCAUGAGUCAACAAACCAACUGUGUUGUUUGCAUGGAAUUCCAUCGUGAAAUAUUGUUUGUUCCAUGUGGACAUCAUGUAGUUUGCACAAAUUGUUCAAACUAUCUCAAUACUUGUCCAAUUUGUAGAAAAUUAAUUGAACAAAGAAUUAAAGUUAUUUCAAAUUAA